AUGACUACUAGUAUGGAACAAUCGUCUUCUGAACCCGUACUUGAGUUGUGUGAAGACAACUUAAUCGAAAUAUUACAUCGUUUGCCUUCAAAAUCUCUGUCAAGGUUUGAAUCUGUGUGUAAGCAUUGGGGGAAGUGUAUUGAUGAUCCAUCUAUUGCUUAUAGUUGUCGUUCUCAACGAUGGAGUCCUCAACCUUACAUGAUGGGUUUCUUUUGUCAAGGUAGAGACGAAGUUGAUGAACAAAAUCGUUUUUUCUUCUCAUCGAAGAAAUCAUCACAAAUGAUUGAUGGUAGUUUAGAUGAGUCAGUUAAUUUUCUUGGUAGGGGAGUGCAUAUUAUGGCCUCCUCUAACGGUUUCCUUCUUGUUACUGAGGAUUUAUAUAAUCAAAAUGUUUACUAUGUUUAUAAUCCUGCAACGAGGCAACAUUUUGUCGUCCCUGUAACUCUAACGUCUUAUGUAAGCCUUGCAAUCAUUGGAUUUGAUUGUAAAGUAGAUGACCCUGAAAAAGAUGUGAUCUCAUUUACUAUAGUUCGUUAUGAAGCAUGGACUGGUCCUAGUGGUGGUUCAACAAUCGAAAGCUUCUCUUCUGAGACUAACAUGUGGACUAGCAUCGAUCUCAGGCAAGCUGCGCCUAUCAGAGCCCCCCUUCGUAGAUGGACGAGAUCAGGAUCAGUUGGGGUAAUCGAUGGAGUGUUUGUUUGGAAGUUUGACCCAGACUCACAUAUCAUUCUUUAUGAUAGUGUCUACAGGCGUUUCUGGGAUUUGAAAUUGACUGAUGAGAUGGAUGACUGGAGCGGUAGUGCUGUUGGAGUAUCGGAUGGGGUUCUCUAUUAUGCAUUGUGUAACAGGGGAGAGAUUACUCUGUGGUACCUCGAGAGCAAUAUUCGUAGUACUAAUGAUGCAGUAUGGGUUACCAAGUAUGUUGUAAAUAUCAGUAACGCGCUUCUUAAUUGUCCAGAGGCUAUUGGAUCUAAGGCUAUUGGAUCUAUUCGUAUCAAGAUGUUCAACAUAGACAUUCAUUCAGUUAAUCCACACAUCUUUUACUUACUUGCAGGCGAUAAGGUUAUUUCAUAUGACUCGGAAAAGAAUACUGUAGAAUUUUUGUACGAAAUUGGAGUGUCAGUGUGGACAGCAAAUCAGGACUACUUAUUCUUUUCAUAUGAGUGGCAUCAAUGGCCGCGUCUUCUCAGGACUCAUCAACUGGAAGAAGAGUAA